AUGCAUUUAGGAGCAGUGUCGCUGGGUGAGCUGCAGCAAGUUACCGCCUCAACCAUUUUGAACUUGAUCCUUGUCGAAGUUAAUUUUCGACGGAAAAACGCAGCAGCGGAGCAACCGUGCGAGCACGGUGUGAGAGGGUGCCAUGAAGCGUCAGCCGGGGGCAACAGUAGUGUCGUCCACCACGAGCAGCAUCAGCACACCACUGAAUCCGGCGACGUCAAGAACCGCCAGCGGGACGGGCCCGACGACUUUCGUCAUGGCGCCCACGUUAGGCGCGAGUUGCACUCCGCUGCCAACGAAAUCAAAACCCGUCGCUGUGCGACAGAGGUUGGCUACGCCCGUCUCACAGCUGUUGUGAAUGUCGCACUCCAAAACAAAGACGGGCCGAUUGUUAGUCCAGUUCUGCGAAGAGUUGAAGGGAGCGCUGGACAAAAUACUCCCGUUUUUGUUACGGUUGCCGGAACUGUGGUUGCAGGAAAGGUAUCCCCAGCAGUACAAUUUCCGACAGGUGGAUUUCCGACACGGCCACCCUCAAAUUCGGUGAGUUCAUCGUCUGUCGAUGAUUCGUUGCAAAUGGCUCCACUGAAUGCUGUGACCCAUGCCACGAACAUGGGGACCAUUCGAACCACUGCUAUCGUCCGGCCAGUGAACGCUUCCACAUCGACUCAUUCAAUUAGAGCACGGACGGUAUCGGUGACCCCUUCAACGCAGUUGGUGCCCUCAAUACCGAAUCAGCAAGUUCAGCGGUUGAAGGUUGAAGAUGCAUUAUCCUACCUCGACAAGGUCAAGUACAAAUUUUCCAAUGAUCCCGGUGUCUACAACAACUUCCUCGACAUAAUGAAGGAGUUCAAGUCUCAGACAUUGAGCACUCCGGGUGUGAUUAAGCGGGUCUCAUCUUUAUUCGAAGACCAUCCAGAAUUGAUCGUGGGAUUCAACACGUUUUUGCCACCUGGGUACAAGAUCGAAAUCGCGACGAUUGAAACGGGCAGUAGAACUGCAGGAGAACCAAAAACAAAAACUACAACAUUGAUUCACACCCCCGAUGGGAUACACGAGCUCUCGCACGCCAUGGAUCGAGGAAGGGAUUCACUGAACGCUGCAUCCGUCGUGAUUACACCGACGUCUCCUCUGAUAACGAGGCAUUUCCGUGAUAAUACUAGUUUUGCCCUCAUAAUUGGAUCCGUCUUUCGAAGCAGGCCGGUAUCUGUAGCAGACGCGAACGCUAUGCUGACGCUCAAGACGUCCAUGCCGAUUACAGAGAGAGUGGCGAAACAGUCGUCUCCAAUCGGGCAUUCCUUGGUAACGACUGUAGCGGGCAGCUUGGUCGCUGCCCCGUCUUCAAGUGUAACCCAUAUAAAUGCAUGUACUAUACCGGUGACGCUGUCAACGUCGUCGGCCGCUUCCACCAUUGUCGUGUCUUCGUCAAAUGUAUCUUCAGCCGUGUCAGCCGCAAUUCCUGUUCUGACCUCUAAUACUACGCACAGCAACGACACUGGUGCGACCAAUUCCGUCCCUCAGGUCGAGUUCGAUCAUGCCAUCAGCUACGUCAAUAAAAUAAAGCUUCGGUUCAACCAUCGACCCGAAAUAUACAAACAGUUCCUAGAAAUUCUACAUUCGUAUCAGAAGGAUCAAAAGGAUGCCCGAAGUUUUCCUCAGGGACCCGCAGGACUUCUGAGUUUCCCACCACGUGGUGCGAACACUUCUGCGAGUAAAUUGAGCGAAGCAGAAGUUUACGCCAAGGUGAAGAAACUUUUCGAAAACCAGGAUGACCUUCUACACGAGUUCAGCCAGUUCUUGCCAGAAGCAACCGGGAAUAAUGUGUCAUUGACGACGAAGAUGUUGAACGAACACGGAUCUCUGAACAAACUCGGCGGGAGUUCCAUGAUACAAACUGUGCACUCAAUGGCCACUUCCAUCCCUCCUCCUGGGCUCAUGUCAACGUCAGUAGCGAGUAUCAAUCAGGAUUCGUCCAAGUUGCCUCCCUUGUCGAACUUGCCUCGGACCAAGCCGGGUUUCUCUCAAAAUUCGGUGAUGUUGGUUCAGUCGAGUCAUCAAGGGUUUCAGAACCGCCAGUCUGGGGCGAGUGUCCAUCGGAAACCCGUUGAGCAGGUCUUGAGCUCUCCGUUGAUCGGGACGAAGCGCGCCGUACCCCCUGUUACUAACGGAGGCCAGCCGGUGAGUCUGAACGGGCAACCCCCCGCGAAGAAAGUGAGGAUGAGUGCGGGUCGGCCGGGCCAUCUGGCGGCCACAGCGAAGUUUAGCAGCUUCAGGGAGUUCUCCUUCUUCAAUCAAGUGAAGAAAACCUUGGGUGACGCGAGCAAGUAUCAGGUUCUUCUUCGUCUUGUUGCGUUGUACAACUUGGAAGUCGUAUCCAAGGUUGACCUCCUGGGAUCUUUUCAAGAGUUGUUGGGCGAUAACCCUGAACUGCUGAAGUUCGUGAAGAACUUCGUUAAGCAUCCAAAUAACUGGCCUUCCGUUGCAUCUGCCGAGGGAGCGAAGAAACAUUCCGCGAAAGACAAGACGCCGGUUAGACUUGGUGUUGAAGGUGCUCCUGGCGUUGAGCUUGUAGUAGGAGUAAAAUCUGCUGAUGAGCCUCUAAUCGCAAAAGAAACACCCAAAGUUGAAGGCCCAGGAAUUUGGAUGAACGGCAGAAGCACACGCUAUUGCGAGAGGGACAUGGACUUCAGUAAUGCGCGGAGGCUUGGAGCAAGUUACUGCGAGGUGCCGAAAGAACGACAAAGAGCUGAGAACUUCUCAAACUAUACUCCGCUGUGUCGGGAAGUGCUGAAUCACGAAUGGGUUUCGUUUCCUUCAUGGUCUGAGGACUCCACUUUCGUGUCCAUGCGCAAAACGCAAUACGAGGAAUACAUUUAUCGCUGUGAAGAUGAGCGAUAUGAGCUGGAUAUGUUGAUCGAGACAAACAAGCGUGCGAUAGAUCACUUCGAAAGGAUCUUGGAGAACGUGCACAAAAUGUCACCCGAGGAACGGAGUGGAUAUUGUUUGGAUCCAAGCCUCGGUGAUAGAAUACCUGCAUUACUCAGGAAAGCAAUUGAAAGGUUGUACGGUCGCGAAAAAGUGGCCGCUUGCGUCGACGCUAUCAUGAGACGACCGGAGAAAGCUCUUCCCGUUCUGCUCCAAAGGAUGAAAAACAAGGACCUGGAAUGGAGAGAAGCUCGGCGGGGAUUCUUGAAAACGUGGCGGGAACAAAACGAGAAAUACCACUACAAGGCGAUGGACCAUCAAGGUAUCAAUUUCAAGCAAAUUGACAGCAAAAAGCUGAGAUCGAAGGCACUCUUGAGUGAGAUUGAAACCCGUUACGACACAAGGAAUGAAGAGGCAGAGAAAGCUGGUCGAGAGCCCGGAGUUGGCCCACACAUGCAACUGUCGUACUGUGAUGCACACACGUUGGAUGACGCUGCCACUCUUCUGCUCCAUCACGCCAAACGACAAACAGCUGCAGCACCGCAUAAAGAAGACCGACGCAAAAUGCGCCGAGUUGUUGAGCAUUUUCUUCCACAGCUGUUCUUUCGAGAGCAGCCAACAUCAGGAGGGUGGAGUUUAGAGGAUUCAGACGCCCGGGAUGAUGACGAACAUUCCGGUGAAAAUGGAACAGAAGAUGAAGAUGAAAACCGGUUAUUCAUGUGCAAUAACUAUUGGUACUUGUUCCUGCGUUUGCAUCACAUGCUGUGCGAACGCCUGAAGUACAUUUACCGUGAAGCAUCUAAGCGAGCCGAAGAGGCCGAAGCUGAGCGAAUUCAUGGACACCGAAAUGAGCCAGCUGCUGAGAUGCUGGGCAUGCGACCGAAAAGAGGAAUCGAUGUUGAAGAUUACUAUGUGGCUUUCUUGGAUAUGGUGAAAAGUCUACUGGAUGGCACCAUGGAGGCAAACGCGUUCGAGGAAACCUUGCGAGAGAUGUUUUCUACGCGAGCUUACCUCGUUUUCACUAUUGACAAAAUUGUUGUCAAUGCAGUGCGACAGCUGACACAUAUUGUUACCGAUCGGACGAGUCAAGAAUUGAUGCGGAUAUUCGAGACGGAAAGGAAGCGUGGCAAUGUUGAUGCUCUUAAUGCUCAUCAGCUCUCUCUAUCAGCUAACGAACAUCCCUAUCAGAAACAUGUCGAAGGUGUCCUGGCGGAUCAAAACUGCUUCAAGUUCAUCAUGUCGAAAGAGUCAUUGAACGUGAGUAUUGAGCUGAUGGACACGGACACAGUGGAAUGGGAAGAAGAAGAAGAGAAAGAGCAUAAGGCGAUGCAAGUGGAGCGUUGGGAAGACUACGUUGACAAUUAUCUCGAAGAGAGUCAUGCAGUUGUUGCGACCGACAAGAUUUCUUCCGCGUUAAAAGCUGGAAAGGAAGAUUCCGCCUCUGAGGGGUUCCAUCGGACCGCUGCUGUUACCGAAUUGAGGCGGUUAUUAUGUAAAAAGCCGUUGUUCUUGCCGAGAAAUGCCCGUGGUGGACGUUUGCGGAAUUGCGACAAGCUUUUGACGCGAUUCGACGAGGCUAGCAUCGGUGUCCCGGUCGUAUCCUCUGAUGUCUUCCGUGUUAAAUCUUCGCCGGUGUCUCUCGCAGAUCGGGACGAGGGUGAACCAUCUCCUGUGAAGAAAGCUCGGAUGGACGACGAGGAAUUGAUCUCUAGUGAAGGUAUUGGAAUUGGUGAUGGCAACAGCACCGGGAAACGCACAAUCAAGUACCUUUUGUACCGACCACGUUCCCUCCAGAGGGCGCGAGAGGUGCAUCAAAGCGUGUCGGAGAGGCUGAAUGGGAAGUUCCGCAGCUGGCACAAAGAGUGGUCCAAAGAAAAAGUACCCGAACUGCAGCAGCGGCUUUGUUCAGACUGGCUUCUGGGCAAACUUGACGGUGUGCGUCCUCAUCGUACCAAGGUGCUCACGCUCAACGAAAAGCAGCGCCCGCCGUACUCCCCUUACAAUCGCUACAAAGUCGAUUGGCCGUCACCGAGCCCACCGAUGCCGAGCUGA